CCAAAACAAGCCAGCUGUUUAAUGUUACUACGGUAACUAAUAGUUGGUUGAGCUGUGAAUGGUGAUUUUAAGAUUACUCAGAGCCAGUAAGUUAAAAGAGGAAGGGUUUGGCUUAUGAGUAACUGUGUUCCCUGUGUGACGGUUUGCUCUUCAGUGUGGUAAUUCCAUCUCAUAAACCUGUUGUGCUGUCAGAGAGGAGAAGACAUCUUGCUUCAGGUGAGAAAAAUUAAGAGCCACUUAAGCUAAAAUGCUCCGAGAGAAACAUCUCCAGUGCAGCAUCUGUCAGCAGGUGUUUACUGACCCAGUGACUACUCCUUGUGGACACAACUUCUGCCAAGUUUGCAUCAGGCAGGUGUGGGACAGCAGUGACGUCUGCCAGUGCCCUGUCUGUAGCAAGGAAUUCACCUCCAGGCCUGAAAUAAGCAUCAACACGGCCUUCAAGGAGCUGGCAGACACUUUAAGACAAAUGAUCACCUGCUCUUCGGCCUCCUCUCUGUCUGCAGCCAAACCGGGUGAGAUCGUUUGUGACGUGUGUGCCGCCACCCCCCUGCAGGUGAGGGCCCUUAAGUCCUGCCUGGUGUGUCUGACGUCGUACUGUGAGGCGCACCUAGAGCCACACCGGACGGUCGCCACUCUGAAGCUGCACAAGCUGAUGGAGCCGGUGAAGAACCUGCAAGACAGGAUGUGUAAGAAGCAUGAGAGGCUGCUGGAAAUGUUCUGCAGGGAAGAGCAGAUGUGCGUCUGCCAGUUCUGCACCGAGACAACGCACAAGGACCACCAGGCGGUUACAAUAGAGGACGAGAGCAAGGAGAGGAAGAUCCACAUGAAGCAAACUGAGGAAGAUAUUCAGCAGAUGAUUCACGAGCGGCAGAAGAAAAUUGAGGAGAUCAAAAACUGUGUGAAGCUGAGCACACUGAGUUGCGAGAAGGAGAAGAAGGCAAGCGACAGUGUCUUCACAUCAUUGAUCCACACGAUAAAGGAGAGACAAGCCGAAGCCAAUGCUGAAAUUGAAGAGAAGCAGAGAGCAGAAGAGAAGAGGGCUGAGGAGCUCAUCAAUGAUCUUCAGCUGGAAAUCACUGAGCUGCAGGGGAAGGAUUCUGAACUGAAGGAGCUAGUGAACACAGAUGACCACCUGCACCUCCUACAGAGAUUGCCAUCUCUUGUGUCACCUCCACCCACCAACAGGGAAUGGAGGGAAACCAGGAUCUACCCCGAACUUUGUGUUGGAACAGUGAGGAGAGCUUUUUCCAAACUGGCCCACACAUUGAAGAAUGAUCUGGAUAGCUUAAAGAAAGAGGAGAUGAGGAGGAUGCAAAGAUAUGCAGUGGAUGUGGUGUUGGACCCAAAUACGGCCCAUCCAAACAUCGUCCUGUCAUCUGACGGAAAGCAGGCAGGCCGAGGCGAGCUGCUACACAUUGUUCCUGACGUUCCCCAACGCUUUGACCCAGUUAUUUGCGUUCUGAGUAAGAAAGGCUUCCAGUCUGGGAGGUUCUACUUUCAGGUUGCAGUUGGCAAUAAAACCUUCUGGGACUUGGGCGUGGUCAAAGAGUCCAUCAACAGGAAGGGAAUGAUCACCUCCACCCCGGAGAACGGCUACUGGACGGUGCGUCUGAGGAACGGCAGUGAGUAUCGAGCUCUGGACUCCCCAUCCGUCCUGCUUCGACUCCAGCAAAGGCUAAAGACUGUCGGAGUGUUCACAGAUUACGAAGAAGGGACAGUUUCCUUCUUCGAUGUGGAUGCCAGCUCUCAAAUCUACACCUUUACUGGGUGCUUGUUCUCUGAGAGGAUUUUUCCUUUCUUCAGUCCAGGAGUUUUUGACCAUGGAAGAAAUGCGGAGUCACUUAUUAUCACAGCUGUCAGUAAUGAGACUUGAAAAGAAGCCGGUAAUUGAGUUAGGCAGCGUGUUUUGUACACAGUAGAGCAGCUUAGUUUUCUUUGUUUAGCUAGAUGUUUGUAACUGACAAUUAUGUAUUUAAUGUAGGCUAUUUAUUAAAGAUGGAGGUGGUCAUCUUGUAUCAAAUGUAAGGCAAAAACAAAGCUGGUUUAGGAGUGCCAUUUCAGUGAUGGCCACUAAGUGCUGGUUCUAAACACUCUGAAAAUCUGACUCCACAAAAAUUGACAUGUUUAAAUCAGCUUGAUUUUAUAUUCUCACUUAAAAACUUCCACAUACACAUUAAUGUCUCCAGACAUGUUCUUCUUUUUCCUCAUCUGGAUGGAACCACACAUAAUUUACAGAGUAACCUGACCAGUCUUCGAUCAGCUAGACAUUUUGGCUUCCAAACUGCAAGGUUUAUGCUAAAACAUAAAGGAAAAACAGGCAAAACAAAAUUUAGUUAAAAACAAGACUAUUAUUAUAACUUAUUGAUGUCUAAUCUCUGUGAGCUUUUAUUUGACUACUACAGUCCUUUCUGUGGAUCCAAACAGAAUCCAGUAAAUCUGACCAAUUAAACAGUACCUUAUUAAAAUGAUGAUGAAUGGCAUGAGCCAAUAAAGGUAAUUAUACUUAAUAUACUAGAGUGCUGAUUACUUUUUUUUAACUCAAAAGUCUUCUACAUUUGAUUAAAAUUGAUGCUUUCAAGACCACCCAUAGCACCCCCUACAAUUAUUGGCACCCCUAGUAAAAUGUGUAAAAAGUAAUUGAAUAAAGUAAUCUUUUAUUACAUUUGUAUAAUUCCAUGCUGUAAAAAUGCUGUGGUUCUCCAACAUGUGUUGUGGUAAACAUUGUCUUUCCUCUCAUUUUUAAGAAUAACCGGAAAAACUAGUAAUCUGUCAUGCCAUGUAUACCCCUGGGAAACAGGAAGUCAUGGAUUACUAAUUGAAAGUCCUGCAACAGUUUUAUCCACUUAAAGCAGUUGUGUUGAAACAUUUUGCCAAGAGAGCCAAAAUUUAUCAAGUUGAGAGCCCUCGUGAACCACAAAAAUUGUUUUUCAAGAAAUUAAAAUGAGGAAAAACACCCGUGCGUGUAGGCCAGAUUUGCUCCAUUCUUUAAAUGUUAUCGGGGGCUAAAAAAAAUUAUUCACAGGGCUGCAAAUGGCCCCCGGGCCACACUUUGGACACCCCUGGCUUGAUGGUAAAGUAUAAUUAUAAAAAGCUUCAGUCAUAUUUUCUUUAUAAUAGUUGUUUGGGGUAACAAUGACUGUUGAUUACUCUAGUGAUCAGUGAUUAUAAGAAACCUGAGUUCAAAAUGUAAAUCAUCUUGUAAAGUUUCUGUAUUGUGUCUCUUUUGUCAGAAGAAUGUGUUCAUUUCCAUAUAAAACAUGAACUUAUCAUAUGCCUCUAGUGUCCUGUUGAAGAUGUGAAUAUGUCAGGAUUAAUACUGGCCGGCAAAUUCUUCUAAUUUAUGCAUUAAAAUGCUUCUAAAAUGGGA